AUUAUGUGGAUAAGCCUUUGGAAAAGCCUUUAAAGCUUGUGCUUAAAGUUGGAGGAAGUGAAGUGACUGAACUUUCUGGGUCGGGGCAUGAUUCUAGUUACUACGAUGAUAGAUCAGAUCAUGAGCGAGAACGACAUAAAGAAAAGAAGAAAAAAAAGAAAAAGAAGUCUGAGAAGGAAAAAGACAAGCAUCUAGAUGAUGAGGAAAGAAGAAAGAGAAAGGAAGAGAAGAAGAGGAAGAGGGAGAAAGAACAGUGUGACACUGAAGGAGAAACUGAUGACUUUGAUCCCGGGAAAAAAGUGGAGGUCGAACCUCCUCCAGAUCGGCCUGUCAGAGCAUGCAGAACUCAGCCAGCUGAAAAUGAGAGUACACCAAUCCAGCAAUUACUGGAACACUUCCUUCGACAGCUUCAAAGGAAAGAUCCUCAUGGGUUUUUUGCUUUUCCAGUCACGGAUGCCAUUGCUCCCGGAUAUUCCAUGAUAAUAAAGCACCCUAUGGAUUUUGGUACAAUGAAGGAAAAAAUUGCAGCAAAUGAAUACAAAUCAGUCACUGAAUUCAAGGCAGAUUUUAAACUGAUGUGUGAUAACGCAAUGACUUACAACAGACCAGAUACUGUUUACUACAAGCUAGCCAAGAAGAUUCUGCACACAGGCUUUAAGAUGAUGAGCAAAGCAGCUCUUUUGGGUGAUGAAGACACAGCAGUUGAGGAACCUGUCCCUGAAGUUGUUCCUGUACAAGCAGAGACUACCAAGAAAUCCAAAAAGCAAAAUAAGGAAGUAAUUAGUUGCAUAUUUGAACCUGAGGGAAAUGCAUGCAGCCUGACAGAUAGCACUGCUGAAGAACAUGUCCUGGCACUGGUGGAACAUGCAGCAGAUGAAGCUCGGGAUAGGAUCAGUCGAUAUCUACCCAACAGCAAGAUUGGCUAUCUGAAAAAAAAUGGAGAUGGAACUUUAUUAUUUAGUGUAGUAAAUUCAUCUGAUCCAGAAGCAGAAGAGGAAGAGACUUAUCCAGUGGACCUGAGUUCCCUGUCAAGCAAAUUGUUACCUGGCUUCACUACACUGGGCUUUAAAGAUGAACGAAGAAAUAAAGUAACCUUUCUUACAAGUGCUAGUACAGCACCUUCCAUGCAAAACAACUCUAUAUUUCAUGAUUUGAAAUCAGAUGAAAUGGAUCUCCUGUACUCAGCAUAUGGUGAUGAAACUGGGAUACAGUGUGCCUUAAGCUUACAAGAGUUUGUGAAGGACGCUGGGAAUUACAGCAAGAAGAUAGUCGAUGAUCUUCUGGACCAGAUCACUAGUGGAGAUCAUUCCAGAACUGUUUAUCAACUAAAGCAGAGGCGAAACAUCCCAGUGAAACCACUGGAUGAAGUUAAAGUUGGAGAAUCUGCUGGAGACAGCAACACUUCUGACUUGGACUUUCUCUCUAUGAAACCAUAUUCAGAUGUAUCUCUAGAUAUUUCUAUGUUAAGUUCAUUAGGGAAAGUGAAGAAGGAGCUUGAUCAUGAUGAUGUUAACCAUUUGCAUCUGGAUGAAACAACUAAGCUGCUGCAGGACCUUCAUGAAGCUCAGGCUGACAGAGUGGGGUCCCGGCCAUCAUCCAAUUUGAGUUCCCUCUCCAACACCUCUGAAAGGGAUCAACAUCAUCUUGGAAGCCCUUCUCAUCUGAGUGUUGGAGAACAGCAAGACAUGGUUCAUGAUCCCUAUGAAUUUCUUCAGUCUCCAGAAACUUCAAGUGCUACUACUAACUAA